AUGGGCAUCCAGGGACUCGCUAGACGUCUUGAGCCUUACGCCACGCGCUAUUCUCCCAAGCAGCUGCACGGCUAUUCUGCCGUCAUCGAUGGGCCUGCACUCGCCUACUAUGCUCACAGGCUGGCUCUCGCUACAUGCGCUAGUGCAGCGAGAAUCCCAUCCUAUUCAGAUAUCAACGCCGAAGCCAUUCGUUGGCUGAAGUCACUGGAGUCCAUCAACAUCAACGUGGCGGCCAUCUUCUUCGACGGAGCUCUUCCUGAAUCUAAGCGAGUGGAGAGACUAUCGAGGACUGAACAUAACAACCGGCGCGUGCAGCAACUUCGCAAAACGUAUGCAGGAAUAACAUGUCCAAUACCCACAUACCUGGGCGCGAUAUCGUAUGCAUUCCUGGCACCAGCACUGCGAGAGGCAUUACAAGCCUCGAACUUUUCCGACAAGACCCACGUCGUGCCUGGAGAAGCUGACGACUGGUGUGCCUUGCAUGCGAAAGAUAAUGCGCGAUCAAUCAUCUUCACCAGUGAUUCGGAUCUUGUUCUUUACGACUACUGUGUCGAUACGCUGAUUGUAUUCCUUCACGACGCCGAUAUAUCCGCUGAUCUGAAAGCAUACUCGCCUGGUGAAAUACGAGAGAAGUUGCAAUUAAGCAGCCUGGUACCUUUCGCUUUCGUUGUCAAUGAGGGCCCUCAGAAUACCGCACAGAAGCUCCCCCGCCUUGCCCAGGAUGUAAAUCUCGAUUCUGCGCAGUACAUGGAAUUCAGUAACAGAUAUGUUGCUCAGGUCGCUGCACCAGUCUCUGUAUCCGAUAAGAGUGGUUCGCCAGUCGAUUUGCCCCAGCUAGACGUUCGGACGUCAGAAUUUGUACAUCAAGUACUGGAGGGUGCUCAAAAUCCACUCGUAUAUAUGCCUUUGUUAGUCGAAGAUCCCGAUCUAGCAUCAGCCUGGAAUUCGGGCUGCGAUAUUCGCAAACUAGCGUACUCGCUGUUGGCACCUAGUAACAUGGUUGUGCUGGAGUAUAGGCGGAAGGCGCAGGGCAUUGCUGCGCAAGAGAUGCCUACAUAUCAGGCAGGUGACGUACCGGCUCCAGUUGCUGAAUUAGAACAGCAAGUCAGUAUGUUGGCAGAGUGGGCCGCUCUGAAGGAGAUUGGCCCAACGCUUUUCUGGCCACUUUUCGCACUUAGUCUUGUCCUCGCCGAAGGGAAGAGCCCUCCUACGACUGACUUGGUACUGCGCAUAGUCAACGGCGUGUUCGAUGAGACGUGGGCUUUUGUGCAUCUCGCAGCUCGAAUACAAGCAGCUCUGUAUUCACUGCGUAUGUUUGGUCAAAUUGCAAAAGUAUGGCUAUUGCUUAAUCCCACACCGGGCACCAAGCUCUAUGACUUGCUCAGCAGUCUGGACAAGCACAUGGAAAACUUGCCUCCGAUGCCCGAAUUAUUUGGCGUACCAGGACAGGCAAAGCGAGUCCUGGCCAAGCAUGAAGAACUAGAAAACUUAGUUGAUGAGAUUUACAAAUCGGUUGGCAUUGAACUACCUACCGAGAUUAUUUCGAACAAAAAGAAGAAGCGGCUGGCGAGGGAAGCAGAUAGAAAGAAGAGGAAAGCCGAGCAGAGGCAGCAGAUGGCUAAUGCAAAUACUGGGUCGUAG